CGUAAAUCCAAAUCCAAUUCUUUUUGACCUGUUGCAUGAGUCGGGUCUCAACCCAUUUUUCAGCACAACACCUCUCUGUCUCUCUUCUCCCGAGGAAGAGAAACCAUGUCGUCCUCAGCACCUUCGCCUUCUACCAUUCUGCGGAGAACCCAAACACCUAUAAUGUUUUAUCUGCUCCCCACUUCGUCUAUUUAACUAUCCGCCCCUUCCCAUCUCGUUUUUCCCCUUCCCACCUCGUUUUUCCUCGCCUGACCCCAGCAAAUCCUGUAAAGUCCUCCAACUCCCCUCAGCUCUCUUCCCAACCUCUGUAUGACGCCUUUCCGCACCCUCAACCGGAAGAGGAUGAGGAGGAGGAACCCGCCAUUGGAGACUGCCUAGUCUUUGAAGAAGGUGUUUUCAACGACCCGUUUCUUCAGAACACCCGGAAUUUCAGAAACGAUGAAGCCCAAAUCAGUAAACCAAAUAAUAAUAAGGAUAAAGGUGCAACUAUCUCUCCUGAGAACUUGAUUCCAGAGGAAUGGGUGCAUGUUCAAAGGGAAUUGAACAUCACGAAGAAGGAGAAGCGAAGGCUCUCGCAGCAACUGGAAUACGGCAGAAGGGUGGAGAAGAGAAGGCAAGCUCUGAUGCCUCUCAAUUCGGGGGAGUACGAAAAGUUUAAGAAUGAGAAGCUUCAGAAGUUGAAACCAAUCGUGCUCGAUGACCCGGAACCGAAAUGUAUGGAUGAGAAUGAUAAGCACGAGAAAGAUGAUGACGAGAGAAAUGGAGAGGGGAUUAGAGGUAGAGUGCCGCCGAGGAACCCGAGGUUGGCUGUGUAUGGGGGAGGUUUGGAGGAUAUUUCGGCCCUUUUCAGUAGUGGGAGCUAUGAUCCUGGCGUGGCUGACAAAUCUCAAGCAGGCACUCGUAAAUUAUUCUCAAAAGAAGAAAAGAUACUAAUGAAUAGGCGGACUCCUGAUAUAGCAGUUGCAACCUCGGGAAAAUGGCAUCCUCUACAUACUCUUGCUGCCUCAGGACAAUUUUACCUUGUGAAUGCUUUGUUAAAGCACAACCUUGAUAUUAAUGUGCCUGACAAGGAUGGAUUGACUGCAAUUCACAAAGCAAUACUUGGCAAAAAGCAGGCUAUUUUUAAUUUUCUCUUGAGAGAAUCAGCAAAUCCCUUUGCUCGUGACAAUGAUGGUGCUACCUUAAUGCACUAUGCUGUCCUCACAGCUUCAAGUCAUAUGAUAAAAAUUCUGUUAUUGUAUAAUGUAGAUCUAAAUCUUCAAGACAAUGAUGGGUGGACACCACUGCAUCUGGCUGUUCAAUCACGUAGGACAGAUGUAGUGAGGCUUUUGUUGAUCAAGGGAGCCGAUAAAACUUUAAAGAACCGGGAUGGAUUGACCCCACUAGACCUUUGCCUCUAUUUCGGUAGAGAUACAAGAACUUAUGAACUCAUCAAGCUACUAAAACGGUUCCCCUAGGCUCGACGAAUUCAACAGCUCUCUGUCCAGUAGUCCAACUGCUAAGUGGUUCCUCGCUGUGAUUUGGCUCGUAUCUCUUGGUACCUCAGUGUUGUUUAUCACCUAUUCUUGAAUUUCUUUCCAGCUUCAAUCAGCCGAUAGUCGAGUUACUUGGGGACAUGGGCAACUACAAAAAGAAGAUGAGGUGGCUGAUUCUUUCGGGAGUGAGCUGCUGGAUGGAUCACUUUGUCGCUUGCUUCUCGACGCAUUUACUACAGCUCCAUCGCAAUCUUGUUAGUAUCAAGUUCAGUAUUGUAGUUGACCAGGUGUGGCUCCAGUUAAAGUUCCUUUGUUACAUUAUCUCUCUUAUUUCCUGAGAUUUGUAACACAAAUAUAGUGAGUUAUUUGAUGAUAAUAUAUCCUCGUUGGAUCCCAAGUUCUAUAAUGCUUGGACUUGGAGAUUUCAUUUCCUGA